AUGGAAACAACGAAUAGAAAAUAACAAAAGAAUAAGUUAUAAUUGAUCACAUGAAUGAAUCUGUCCUGAUUAUUGAAUGCAGAAUAUUUUGUAACAAUUAUUGCACCGCAAGACAAAUUAAAAUAACAGUGAAAAUUAAUAUAAACAUGUGGAACGUUCGAAAUGUUCUCGAAUUUAUUAUAUUCGGGCUUAUUGGAAUAGUCAAAAGUAUUGUGAAAUUAUUCAUUCCGAUGAAAUAUCAAAUGAAGAACAUUUCUGGCGAAAUAGCUCUCGUUACUGGUGGUGCCGGAGGUCUUGGAAGAGCAUUAGCUCUUAGCUUAGUGAAGCAUAACGCCAUUGUUGUUAUUUGGGAUAUCAAUCAAGAAGGUAUCGAAGAAACGAUGAAAUUAAUAAAAAUUGCGGGUGGUAUUUGUUACGGAUACGUUUGCGAUAUUCGCAAUUGCGAGGAAGUUUAUAAAAAAGCUGAACUGGUUAGAGAGGAAGUUGGUCUGGUAACCAUUUUGAUUAAUAAUGCAGGCGUGAUAAAUAUUGGAAAAUUCUUGGAGACUCCGGAUUAUCUUCUUAAUCGUUCAAUUGAAAUAAAUAUCAUAAGUCAAUUUUGGACAGUGAAAGCUUUUCUUCCAGCAAUGAUAAAAAAUAAUAAAGGUCAUAUUGUAAGUAUAGCGAGUGCAGCUAGCCAUGCAGGAUGUCCAAAAAUAGUAGAUUAUUGUGCCUCAAAGCACGCAGUUGCUGGAUUCAUUGAAGCAUUACAAUUAGAAUUAAAUUUAGAGGGACACAAUAUCAACACUACAGUAAUAUCUCCGUAUAUCAUUCAUAAUACGGGCAUGUUUUUAAACGAAUUUUCUCGGCUUAUACCGAGUCUCAAUUCAACCGAAGUUGCUGAAAAGACUAUAAUAUCCUUGCGAUGUAACAAACACUUCGUUUUAAUUCCAGCAAGUUUAAAAAUUAUAAUAAUUUUGAAAUGGAUCAUGCCAUGGGGUUUUUUGGUUAUGCUAUCGCGUAAUUUAAUCAAUUAUAAUGUUAAAUCUAACUAUAAACCGAUAGAGGAAUCAUCAUCAAGCAAGGUCCAAAAUGAUGCGAAAGAAUGAUUAACUGGUUGUAUAUUUUGGAUUUUUAAUUUAUGUAUUUUUACUGUAAUCAUUAUUUAUAAUCUAAAAAUUAACCAGAUAAUUAAUUUAUAAUUAUAAUACAAUUAUAAUU